AUGCUCACAAGCAAGAAAGCACUCCCAUUUUGCAAUGAUUUUGGUUCUCUUGAACGUGCCAAAUACGGUUCACAAGAGGCUGAUGAGGUUUCGAAAUCCCCGAUGGUAAAAUUGAAAAGUGCCUCAAGGAAGAAAGACUGCUCGGAAGAAUUGCACGCGGACAUCUAUGUAGCGCCACCCACAAGUUCACUUGUGAAUUGGACCGGUCUCGGUUUGAAACAAAAUUCAGUCGAUGUCGAGCAGACAAAUGAGCCUAGUCGGUUUUACGGUCGAAAAUCACGGGACUACUCAAAGCUGAUUGGACAAGUCACUGCUCAGGCGCAGUUACCAACUCAACACACGAUGAAAGUGGCUUUGAAGGGACAAACAGAAUUCCACCAGGCUAUCAUUCAUGCAAGUACUUCACUACAACCAGAGUAG